AUGGGAUGCGGCCCAUCACACUCACCGUCCAUCGCCAAAGACGAUAUAUAUGUUAAAGACAUUGACACACGAAUAUCGAGACCACGUGACCUACGAGUCACUGGAGGUACUUGUAGAGAGUUGUCCAUCCAAUGGGAAGGAGAAUCGAGCAAUGUUGAUUAUCAUGAAAUAUACAUCACAAGUCAAUCUGAUGACCAGCGGAAGUUUGGUGGCAUUGUUACCGGGAAGGACAAUACGCUGACAAUUAGGGAUUUAUUACCAGCCACUGAAUAUGAAAUCGAAGUGACGUCUGUCAUUGGGAAGAAGUCAUCGGGAGAGAUAAAAAAGAGCGAACCGACGACGCUAAAAACGUCAACAGGGCCAUACAUAGAAAACCUACGAACAAAGAAAAUCACCGACAGAUCCUUGGAAGUCCGGUGGUAUCCUGCUAUUGGCGAGGUGGACCACUACGCAGUGACUCAUUCAGGACCGGACAAUGUGGAAAUAGAAGAUGCGUACCUGGACGAAGACACAACCACCUAUAAACUAGAAAGUCUGGACCCAGGUGUAAUGUACACAGUAUCUGUGACGCCACAGAAAUGGGACCCACGCAUUAUUGGAGAUGCACAAACAAUUCGCGUGAAAACAGAUGAUAAGUUCGAAGAAAAAAGAGCACUGAAAGAACACAUACGAACAAUUGUGGACGGGGAAACUAUACAGAUUCAAGUCGAUCGAACAAUUCCUGUAUGGGGACAGUGUAAAGAGAUUUACCGUAACAAAGAAGAUCUGAGACUUACCCCAGAGGUGUCAUUCAAAGACAGUCAUAGGACUUAUGACUUGGGAGGACCCAGGCGUGAAUUUCUGACUUUAAUUAUCGACAGUAUUAUGACAGGAUAUAAGAAGGACGACGAUGACGAGUUGGACGUUCCAAUGUUAUUAUUUGAAGGAGAAGAAGAUCAUAAAGUACUUACACACGAUGAAGUUCUUCUUGAGAAAGGAACAUAUGGAAUGGCUGGCAGGAUGUUGCAACAUUCUAUAAUCUGGGGAGGGCCGGGAUUAGCUGGACUUGCGCAAUCUGUGAAGGAGUUUGUACAAACUGGUACUGAGUACGUUACGUUACAUGUCGAUGACGUGCCUGAUACCGAUUGUAGGCUUCAUUUGCAAAUGAUCAUCGACUGUAGCGCAACUGAGCUAUCAACCUUAGGUAAUGAUGUCACUACAAUAAACUUGUUAGUUGAUGCAGGCAUCAACGGAACACCGAUGAACAUAAACAACAAAGACGUUUUGCUGCAAGAAAUCCUACUACACCAGAUUGUUAGAUGUCGUCUACGCGAGCUGAAACAAUUUAGAGAAGGAUUUGACUGUCUGUCUCUGAUCCAGUUUUUGAAGCACAAUCCAGGAGCAUUGGAGAUAAUAUUUCCCAAACAUAAAGACAGUAUAACAACAUACUGUCAGAUGUGCCCGUUGAUAAAAUUCAAACCAAGAGAUUCAGCAGACAAGAAACAAGCAGCUCAGAACUUCAUGAAGUACUUGCAAGAAUGUGAGCAUAGACAAACAACAGGUAGUGGAGGAGUCAUCUAUCACAUUAUCCAAGGUUCUUCAGUUCAUCACUGGUUGUCCCGUUCUUCCACCAAAGUCGUAUGGUAACAUCACAGUCUGGUUUCACGAAAAUCCACUACCAAUUGCUGAGACUUGUUUCCAAGAUGUCUACAUUCCAAUAAAAUUUCACGAUUAUGCUGAUUUCAGAAGUGCUAUGGACGAAGCCUU